AUGUCUGGAACCUUUUCACCCAAGUCAGCUCUUGAAGGGUCUGAUGGUGCAGGGUCUUUUAAGAAGAGAGCCUCAAAUAAGUUCAGGAGUUCUUUAUCAAGAAAGGGUAGGAGAUCUAGCAAGGUCAUGUCUGUUGAAAUUGAGGAUAUCCGUGAUGCUGAGGAGUCAGCAGUUGUUGAGAAGUUCCGUGAAAUUCUUGUAUCUGAGGACCUUCUCCCUCCUAAGCAUGAUGAUUAUCAUACGAUGCUGAGAUUCCUAAAGGCCAGGAAAUUUGAUAUUGAGAAAACAAAGCAAAUGUGGUCUGACAUGAUCCAGUGGAGAAAAGAAUUUGGUACUGACACAAUUAUGGAGGAUUUUGAUUUCAAGGAACAAAGCGAAGUUUUAAAGUAUUAUCCCCAAGGGCAUCAUGGAGUAGAUAAAGAUGGACGACCUGUGUACAUCGAGAGAUUAGGUCUGGUAGACUCAAACAAGUUGAUGCAAGUGACAAGCUUAGAUCGCUAUAUCAAGUACCAUGUAAGGGAGUUUGAGAGGACAUUUGACAUAAAGUUGCCAGCUUGUUCAAUUGCUGCAAAGAAGCACAUUGAUCAAAGUACAACCAUCCUGGAUGUGCAAGGAGUGGGGCUUAAGAACUUUAGCAAAUCUGCCAGAGAACUUGUUACUGCCCUUCAGAAGAUUGACGGUGAUAAUUAUCCAGAGAGUUUGAAUCGUAUGUUCAUCAUAAAUGCUGGUUCUGGAUUCCGAAUGUUAUGGAGCACUGUAAAAUCCUUCCUUGACCCUAAGACCACGGCAAAAAUUAAUGUUCUUGGCAACAAGUACCAGAGCAAAUUGCUUGAAAUAAUUGAUGCAAGUGAAUUGCCAGAAUUUUUGGGAGGCACUUGCACCUGUGCUGAUCAAGGAGGUUGUAUGCUUUCUGAUAAGGGCCCAUGGAAGAAUGAAGAAAUAUUAAGGAAGGUUCUAAAUGGUGACCAUAAAUGUUCAGGCAAAAAUGAGUCACCUGUGGUGGAAGAUAAGACAGAGUCUGAGGUAGUUCCAGUGUCCGAGGCAACAUCAGUUUCUGAGGUAGUGCCUGUGUCUGAAGCAGUGCCUACCAGUGACCCCAUCAAUCGCAAAAAAGAAACGCCAGUGUGUGUCGAGGUCCCUGCUACUAGAGCUUGCAAAUCUGAGGAGUUAGUCCCAGUGGCUGAUAAAAUAGCUAUGAAAAAAGUUGAAGACAGCGAGAAAUUAGCCAUAUCAAAAGCUGGAAUAGAAACAUUCAUCAACAUGGCUGAUACUUACAAGCUCCACGAGAAAUUCAACUACCAGCUUUUCACUGGUGUCAUGGCCUUUGUUAUGGGAAUCCUGACCAUGGUCAAAAUGACACGAAACAUGCCCAAGAAGAUCAACGAUGGCAACUUCUACUCCAAUCCUACUUUCUCUGCUGACCCGACGUAUACAGGGCAGGUCCCUGCUAACGACCCCUUGCCCACCAUCUCUGCUGAAGAAUUUAUGACAGUUCUUAAACGCAUGGCUGAGUUGGAAGAGAAAAUGGUCACCAUGAACAUACCUGCUUACAUGCCACCCGAGAAGGAGGAAAUGCUGAUCGCUGCUAUGAACAGAGCUGAUGUAUUGGAGAAAGAACUUAUGGCUACCAAGAAGGCCUUGGAGGAUUCACUUGCGCAACAAGAGGAGCUUUUAGCUUACAUUGACAAGAAGAAGAAGAAGAAAUGGUUUGGAUGA